AUGGCUACCUAUGGAAGAAAUCCUCACUCCAUCUCCAUCACUAAACCCUUCCAAUCAUUUGUAGAGAGAAUCACUUUAUGGAAAGGUUGGAUUGCUUACUUCAUCAUUCUCAUCAUUGCUUACUUGAUAAUCAUCAUCAUACUAGGCAUUGGUGUGAUCGCUUACUAUAAGUUAUACACCUACAGCGGAGGUAUGCACACAGAUAUCUACUCUUUCGAAUUGACUACUCUCAAGUCUAAGAUCGAGGGAAUAAGCUUUAACGAACACGAAUACGGUUUCAGAUCGGGUAAAGAGGAAGCUUUCAAGGAUAUACCAGAGGGUGACUAUGGAAGGAUCAAUAAGAAAACCAUCGCUUUGAGAAAGGAAGAAGAAAGUUCCUCAACCUCAUCUGCAGCCGCCCUCGUAGUCUCAUCAAAGGGAGGUUUUUCUAUCUGA